CUGGAGCCGUACGCACAAGAAAAAAAAUGUGGCCUCUUAUUUUUAUUGCAAUAUCGAUCGCAUUGGCCCAGGAUACUGGUCCGAUUGUUGACAUACCAAGCUUGGGGAAGGUUCGGGGUUCCAUCGGUCAAACAACCUGGACCGGUCAGACAAUCAACCAAUAUCGAUCCAUCCCGUAUGCAGAAGCACCUAUAGGAAAACUAAGAUUUCAGGCACCAGUAGCUAAGAAAGGAUGGAAUAGCACUUUAGAUGGAUCUGAGCAUGGCUCUCAAUGUCCACAACUAUCAGAUUCGGAUCCGAACGAAGACUGUUUGACAUUAUCAGUGUAUACAAAAGAUAUCAACGAGUCGCGGCCUGUAAUGUUCUACAUUCAUGGUGGAUGGUUUAUCUUUGGCGCAGCGAGUAGCUAUCAAUCAAACAACCUACUGGAGUCUGACAUAGUUCUUGUCGUCAUCCAAUAUCGGCUAGGACCCCUGGGAUUCCUCUCGAUGGAGAAUGAGCAAAUUCCUGGAAACGUAGCGAUUCUGGAUAUGAUAUUGGCUCUCGAAUGGGUUCAAACUAACAUCGGAUAUUUCGGAGGAAACAACUCUCAAGUGACCAUUUUCGGAGAGUCAGCCGGCUCAGUUGGUGUUUCAGCAUUGCUUCUGACUCCUCUGCUUCAAAACCGUCCAGUGGCGCUAUUCCAUCGGGCGAUUCUUCAGUCAGGUUCCGUUUUCUCCCCGUGGGCAAUGUCACGAAAUCCCGUUGAAGGCACCCAUGAGAUUGCUCUACGUGUAGGCUGUGCAGAAAACAAUAUCGAAUCCUGUCUUAAAGAGACACCUGUAAAAGCAUUACUGAAAGCUUUCGUAGGUCAUCGCAAAGACAAUAUAAUCGAUAAAGGAUAUCCUUAUGUCACGGGUUCGACGAUUGUUGCUGGAGAUUUUCUAGGUGUAUUUCCAUUGCAUCCUCGAAAUUACUUGCGAAAUUUAUCGUCAGAUGUGGCUAUCAUGGCGGGAUCUACUUCACAGGACGGUCUUUUUCUAUUAGAAGAUAUUGACCAGCUACAGCCCAAGCUGAUAAAUUCCAUCAACAACACCUACGAGAUUCUACAGUUCAUACAACUAUUACACGAAAAAUUUGGUCUUGCGGAACUCGACGGAACACUGGAAGCUUAUGAAUUAGCUUAUAACUUUGUCAACGCUACAACAGAUCAAGUUUCUCUGAGAGAAGCUAUCUUAGGAUUCAUUGAUAUCUGCGGCAAUCAUGGAAUCAAAGCUCCAACGCUGAACAUAUUGCUGGCAGCAUCGCGAAUAAAUCCUAACAACUCAUACCUGUACAGUUUCGACUUUGGAAAUCGAGGCAUCUCGAGGAUUACCCACUUGCCGAUCAGUUUGGACGAACCAGUUCGUCAUGCGCAGGAUCUGUUCUAUCUAUUUCCGAUGAUACCGUUGGAUGGAACUGACAUAAAAAUUGCGAAAACUAUGACGGAACUGUGGACUUCGUUCGCCUGUCACGGAUUACCAAAGGCUAAGGAAGUGCAACACUGGCCACCCGCUAGUAAACUCUAUGGACCGUAUCUGAAGAUCAACGACCCUAGCACAAUAGGCGAAAAUUAUUUUACCGAGUUUUCGGCAACCUUAAACAAAUUUGGUACAAUAUGAUGAAAAAAAAAAUUAAAAAUAAUUAUAUAAUAUUCACCGCAUACUUUUUAAUAAAGAUUUGAAACCAG